GCGAGGGCCUACUGAACUGCGAAGACGUGGCACGCUGCCUCCGCCGACCGGAUCCACCUUCGGAGCCCCAAGAGCCCAAGCGCUACGACCUGGCUCAGAAGCAGGGACUGGCGGACUUCCUGAAAGAUGCGGACAUCCGGCUUGUGCGAGCCGACUUCAUUCUGAAGCUGCACCGGGAAGGACAGCGUCUCCCGCGGCGCCAGGAAGCGGAGUCCGCCUACGUGGACGGCCGCACGGCGCUUGUGACACACGAGGAGGUGCAAGUCUGGGCCGACGGCAAGGCGCCUGACGGCACCCAGGUAAUCUCAUUGUCACACUGCUGGGAGUCGAGGGAGCACUGUGACCCCUACGGAUACCAGGUGUCCAAGCUAGCCAAGGCUCUUAAUGGAGAGGAGUGGGUGUUCAUCGAUUACGUAUCUCUGUAUCAGUUCCAGCGACUCUCCCAGCAGCAGAACCUCAGCUUCCGGCGCGCGAUGCAGCACAUGCAUGUGCUGUACUGCCACGACGAGACAACCACCCUCCGAAUUGAGUCACUGACACCGGAAGCAGACAUAGCCGAAGCCGAGACAAACCAAGACUCUGUGAUAGUGUAUCACCACCCAACCGGCCUGGUAAAACCAGUGCCGGUCUCUGAAUUGGUCGAGAACCGCACCAAGUACGGGGAGCGAGGUUGGUGUGCCCUGGAGAAGAUCAAGCUUCCGCAGCUUCACCUGCAGCAGAACGAGCUGUUUGAGGAGGGCACCCGCCAGGUCAUCGAGGCCUUGCAGUCCAACGGGACGCUUGCGGCACUGAGUCUCGCCCACGACUGCAUCGGCGUUGCUAAUGUCAAGGCUUUGGCCGAGGCUCUGCGGACAAACAGCGCUUUGAUCGAGCUGAACCUGAGCCACGCCGGCCUAAGCAUCGAUGGCAUCAUUGCUCUCGCGGAGGCAAUCAUGCAGAAUCGGACCCUCAAGCAGCUGAGCCUUCGGCAGCUCGAUCUGACGGGCUGCGAUUUGGGCAAGGCCGCCGUGGUACUGGCCAGGGCCCUCCGGACCGGCCAGGUGAAGGGCACCGUCACCCACCCAGCGGUGAAGUUCCUGUGCAUGUUGGAGGACGAAACAUUCAAAGAGCUCGAGGAAGCGCAGAAGCUCGAGCUCGAUCUCUUCGGCCGCGGGCUCGGCUCCGGGAGGCCCCCAGGCCAGGCCCCCUCCAACCGGCGUGCGCUCCCACACCGAGGCGACGAGGCGUUCCGGAAACUCUUCGCGCCGCUCUGCCGGGCCCUGCCAGAGCUGAAACUUCGAGAGCUCGACCUCGACCUCGGCGCCCACCACCGCCACUUCGGCGAUGACGAGGCCCGGGACCUGGCCGCGGGCCUCGGCCAACAAACGGAGCUGGAGCGGCUGACGUUGGUUCUGUCUAUAAACUCCCUGGGCCGGGGGGCUCAGCUGCGCGUUCCUCGUUCCGCUUUUUUGACUUCCAGCUUGUUGGUAGCGGCCGCCUCCCACUUGGGGUUGGGCCUGCAAGCCGACCCCAUCCCUGUAUCCAUCUCCGUUCUUUAUCAGCUUCUUGGAAAUUGGUAA